AUGGAGAACGAUUCUUUGGACAUGAGAACCGCGAUAGUCGGUGCAUUAGUCGCAAUUAUAGCGACGGUGAUUUUUUCCAAGUUUUUCCUUCCUAAAACCGUUGAGAAGCCUGUUCUCAUUAAAGAUGAAUUUCAAGAGUACCCAUUGAUCUCCAAGACUGUUCUCACACAUAAUACAGCAAGUUAUAGAUUUGGUCUUCCUAAAGAUACUGAUGUUUUGGGACUACCAAUUGGACAACAUAUAUCGAUUCGGGGAGUCGUUAACGGGAAAGAAAUUGUGAGGUCAUAUACUCCAACUUCACUUGAUGCGGACGCUGUGGGUCACUUCGAGCUUUUGAUCAAGUCUUAUGAGCUAGGCAAUGUUUCUAAGAUGAUUGGAAACCUAAAUAUUGGAGACUCUAUCAAAGUGCGGGGUCCCAAGGGCUUUUACACUUACUCCCCUAGUAUGAAUAAAGAUAUUGGUAUGAUUGCUGGAGGCACGGGCAUUGCUCCAAUGUAUCAAAUAAUGAAAUCGAUUCAUGCGGAUCCUUCCGAUAAGACCAAAGUUUCUUUGGUUUAUGGGAAUCAAACUGAAGACGACAUUUUGUUGAAAAAGGAGCUAGAUGCUUUUGUUGAGUCCAACCCUGACCAGUUCAAGAUUCGUUACUUGCUAGACAAACCUGCCAGAGACACCUGGGAAGGAGGAGUCGGAUAUGUCACCGCAGAUGUGAUGAAGGAAUUUUUGCCUGCUCCUGCUGAUGGUGUACAACUACUCGUUUGUGGUCCACCGGGCAUGGUGUCAGCAGUCAAGAGAAACGCUGUGGCACUUGGUUUCGAAAAGGCAAAGCCUAUUUCUAAGAUGGGUGAUCAAGUUUUCGUAUUCUAA